UCGGGAGGAAGUGGGAGAUGCCAAAUUUUGUAUCCUUGUUGAUGAAGCUGUUGAUGUAUCUAAUAGGGAACAAAUGGCUAUCAUUCUGCGAUUUGUUGAUUGUGAUGGGUUUAUUAGAGAACGGUUUUUCAAAGUGCUUAGUGUGGCAGACACUUGUUCUCAAACUCUAAAAGAUGAGAUAUCCAAAGUUCUUACUCAAUAUGAUCUUCAAGUAGAAAAUAUGCGUGGGCAAGGAUAUGAUGGUGCUAGCAACAUGCGUGGUGAAUUUAAUGGUUUACAAGCUUUGUUUCGUGAAGAGUGUCCAUAUGCAUAUUAUGUUCAUUGUUUUGCUCAUCUCUUACAAUUGACUUUAAAUGCUGUAGCUAAAGGGGUGCAUGAUAUUUGGGAAUUCUUUUCAACUCUAAGUUUGAUUGUAAAUUUUGUUGAUUCUUCUGCAAAAAGACAUUCAGCUUUGAGAGUUAUCAGAGAAGAAGAAAUUGCAGAUUUAGUGGCUGCUGGAGCACUUGAGACUGGUAGAGGUGCUAAUCAGCUUUGCACUUUACAACGAGCAGGGGCUACUCGUUGGGGUUCACAUCUUCGCUCUAUUUCAAGUUUGAUUAAGUUAUUUGGAGCUACCCAAACAACUCUUGCAGAUUUGGUUGCAAAUGGACCAAAUAAAGUACAAGGAGAAGCAAAGAGUGUAGAUAUGGAGUGUGGGUAUUUUCUAGCAGAUAUUCAGAAGGAUCCAAGAUUUGCCAACACAACUACUGUGUCUGAUUUGUGUCGCCGGUUAGUUGAAUCAAGAAAGUCAGCAUUCUUUCCUAUGAUUUAUAGAUUGAUUUGUCUUGUGCUGACUCUGCCAGUUUCUACAGCAACAACAGAGAGAGCAUUUUCAUCUAUGACCAUCAUAAAAAACAAAUUUCGAAAUAAGAUGGAAGAUGAGUUUUUUGAUGAUUUGAUGGUUCUCUACAUUGAAAAAGAAUUUGCCGAUAGCAUUGAUAAUGAUUCUGUGAUUGCUGAGUUUGAAGUGAGUGGGCCUCGAAGGGUACGAUUUAGUUAAUUUAUUGUUGUUUUACAACAAAUGUAUGCUUGUAGUUUUUAAUUUACGGGGUUUGGUUUUAUGUCCCCUCCGUUGUAUGUUUUGAUUGAAAAUAAUAAAGGCGUGAGGAUGAGCC